CACUAUCUGGCAGCACAGACUGGACCCGGCUUCUAACAGAUAGCGUCACUGUGAAAAGAUAAUUGGAGGCAAAAUUUGAUAUGCCCAAUGACAUGGACAAGAAUGAGGUUUCACCAGGUUCAACUGCUGCGACCAUGAAAAAGAAGGCGGCAGGCGGCAGCGGAUGUAGCCACAUCAGCGCGCCCAAAACUGCCGCGUCCAAUUGUACAAGAAGCAACAGCAGCAAUUGUGUUGACUCUGUUCCCACUGCUCCUACUGACAGCCAGUGCUCCCAGAGUGUUGAGCAACCCGGCGUGGCCAGCAACGCCGUCAUGGAAGAGACGGAAGACGGUGAGGAGGAGUCCACAUUUCAGAAUCCACGGCUGCGCCGAGCCGGGGGGAGCGGCGGCGGCGGUGGAUGCGGUGGCGGUAGUAUCCGGAUGAAGAACUUUACACCAGGAGGGGGAGCCGCCGCUACGGCUACCAGAAAGAACUCCAUCAACCACGAUCCCAGCCUACAGCACGCAGGGGACGCGCCUGCUGCCAAUGAGCCCACUGUCACAUCCAAAGGGGCUGAUACCACAACCUGUCCGGGUGAUGCUGCCGGGCGCGGUGAAACAAACAGAGCGGCAGGGGCAGAUGCGUGUGGAGCAGCGGUCGCGGUAGAGGUUUUAAACGCCGCAGCAGGGGAUGGUUGCGUCAGCACCGCUCCAUUUUCAAGAAUGAAAUGCAACAAAAACGGAGAAUGCAGGAGGGACUCAGGCACGGGGAGCCUGCGUUCAAUCAUCUCCAACAAGACUGGCGGGGUAGGUAAGGCCGAGGACGGGGGUAACCUUAGGCGCGGUGCUUGUAACUCAGCCAGGGCCAGCAUGGAUGGCUCCAUGACAGGAUCCAUCACGCAUGGUCCCGGUGAAGGGAGCGCAAACCCCGGUGUCACCCCGAUUUCUACUGGCGUCUCUGAGAAAAAGGACUCCAGGGUGUCCUUUUCCAACGCGCCGAGCAGAAAAGCCUCUUCAUCGCUGCACGGCUCGACCCAGACUCAGACCCAGCAGCCCAGGAACUCCGUCACCUUCCAGAAGCCCGAAGAUGGACCCCAGAUUCAGGCCGAGGAUGCGGAGUCUGACGGUAGCACCUUCAUGCAGCGACAGUUCAGUGCCAUGCUGCAGCCUGGGGUUAACAAAUUCUCGUUACGCAUGUAUGGGAGUCAAAAGGCAGUGGAGAGGGAACAAGAGCGGGUAAAAUCGGCGGGCAACUGGAUUAUCCACCCCUACAGUGAUUUCAGGUUCUACUGGGAUUUCACAAUGCUUCUCUUCAUGGUGGGAAACCUGAUCAUCAUCCCCGUGGGCAUCACCUUCUUCAACGACGGCACCACCACUCCCUGGAUCAUCUUCAAUGUCAUCUCUGACACCUUCUUCCUCAUGGACCUGGUCCUCAACUUCCGCACGGGCAUCAUCAUCGAGGACAACUCCGACAUCAUCCUGGACCCGGCGACCAUCAAGAAGACGUACCUGAAGACCUGGUUCAUCGUUGACUUUGUCUCGUCCAUCCCGGUGGAUUAUAUCUUCCUGAUCGUGGAGAAGGGCCUGGACUCUGAGGUGUACAAGACGGCCAGGGCCCUCAGGAUCGUACGCUUCACCAAGAUCCUCAGUCUGCUGAGGCUUCUGAGGUUGUCCCGUCUCAUCCGCUACAUUCACCAGUGGGAAGAGAUCUUCCAUAUGACCUAUGACCUGGCCAGUGCGGUGAUGCGUAUCUUCAACCUGAUUGGUAUGAUGCUGCUGCUGUGUCAUUGGGAUGGCUGUCUGCAGUUCCUGGUUCCUAUGCUGCAGGACUUCCCACAGGACUGCUGGGUCUCCCUCAACAAGAUGGUGAAUGACACCUGGUCGCAGCUGUAUUCGUUUGCGGUGUUCAAGGCCAUGAGCCACAUGCUGUGUAUUGGUUAUGGUCGCCAGGCCCCGGAGAGCCUGUCUGAUAUCUGGCUGACCAUGCUCAGUAUGAUUGUAGGGGCCACCUGCUACGCUGUCUUCAUUGGCCACGCCACAGCACUCAUACAGUCCCUGGACUCAUCCCGACGACAGUACCAGGAGAAGUACAAACAAGUGGAGCAAUACAUGUCAUUCCAUAAGUUGCCGGCUGACUUCCGACAGAAAAUCCAUGACUAUUACGAGCACCGAUACCAGGGUAAGAUGUUUGAUGAAGAGAGCAUCCUGGAAGAGCUUAAUGAGCCACUCAGAGAGGAAAUUGUCAAUUUCAACUGUCGUAAGCUGGUGGCAUCCAUGCCACUGUUUGCCAACGCUGAGCCCAACUUUGUGACGGCCAUGUUGAUCAUGCUCCGCUUCGAAGUCUUCCAGCCCCGUGAUUACAUCAUCCGGGAGGGCACCAUUGGCAAGAAGAUGUAUUUUAUCCAGCACGGAGUCUGUAACGUCAUCACCAAGGGAACCCUGGGGAUGAAGCUCUCUGAUGGCUCCUACUUUGGAGAGAUCUGUUUGCUGACGCGGGGACGCCGUACUGCCAGUGUCAGAGCAGAGACCUACUGCCGGCUGUACUCCCUGUCCGUGGACAACUUCAAUGAGGUUCUGGAGGAGUACCCAAUGAUGAGACGGGCCUUCGAGACUGUGGCCAUCGAUCGACUGGACCGAAUAGGCAAGAAGAACUCCAUCCUGAUGCACAAAGUGCAGCAUGACCUCAACUCUGGUGUCUUCAACAACCGCGAGAAUGAGAUGAUUCAGGAGAUCGUCAAGUACGACCGUGAGAUGGUGAAACUGGUGGACCUUCAGAGGCCGCGCACCAUGUCCAUGACGUCCUCCGUCCCCGGGAGCAUGUUCUCCCCCGCAGGCCCAUCUGGGGCUGGGGCUCUUGCCAGCCUCCAGCAGGCUGUCGCCAUGAGCUUCUGCCCCCAGGGGAUGGGGCCGAUGGGGGGACUGGGGAUGCCGGGCAUGGGGCCGAUGGGAAUGGGGAUGGGGGCAGGCCCGAUGGGUCCGAUGGGGCUGGGGUCUGCGUCCGGCUCAGGGUCGGGGACGCUGCAGUCCCCCCGCAUGUUGCGUCGGUUCCAGGUGGUCCACAGCCUAUCCCAGAGCCCGGUCUCCGCAUCCCCUCUCCAGUCCCAGCCACCCAUGACGGCUCAGGCUGCAGGGGCGUUUGGGUCGGCAGUCUCCAGCCCACCGGUCCAGAGCCCUCUAGCACACCCAGGACGGACCUUCCAGUACAUGGGGGGAGUGGGGCCGUCUGGGUCUCAGCUGUCACUGGUGCAGCACCACAUUCCCAGCCCCACGCACACCAUCCAGAGGCCCUCCUCGCAUAAGAGCACACACUCCCUUCACUCAGGCACCCUGAGCCAGGACGCCCGUGCCCUCUCUGCUUCCCAGCUCUCCCUCCCUCAGGACGGCUCUCCGGCUGCUGCCCCCAGCCCACCCCAGUCAACACAGCCCUCCACCCAUGCAUCGUCCACCUCCAUCGGCCCCCCUCAGCCCACACCGGGGCCGUCCGGGGUGGGGGUCCAGGUUGGGGGGAGACCAGCGGGAGCUACACAGCGGGUGGCCUUUGCCUCUACACCUCCUUCCGGAGGAGCACCUGGAAUGGGGGCAGCUGCGGCGGCUGCUGGGUCGGGGGUCCCGGACUCUGGAGCUCCUAAGAAGGAUUCGAUCGUUAGCUUACCGGAGUUGGACUCUGUCCGGAACCGGCUGUCUUCCAACUUGUGACCCUGUGAGAGGUGUGGGAGAGGCCUUGCAGGGGGGGAAUCUUAACAUCUGUUUAUGGAUGUCUGGAUGACCUGAUGUAGUUGCUUCCUUAUGGACGUGCCCGGCUGAAUUCAGGCCACAUCCACGGUCAUUUAUACAGAACAUCCUGUGUUGCCGGUCAGAGUCAACAAAGAGGAAAAUGGCACUCUGUUAGGACAGUUACACUAGUUUAACAAAGGUGGGACUGCACUAGUCUGCUGUGCCAGUACCUUUAGUCUUAGUAUCACCUCUUACCCUCUGCUUCCAAACUUCUAUACUGCUGUCUUUACUGUACAGAUAUUGAGAAAAAAAUAACUUAAUGUUACAGAUGCAUACUGUGUAGAAUCCAUACAAUGCAAUCUAGCUGGAGCUGGACUUAAAAACGAAAAAUCAGGGACUUGAAUCAAAUGACAAUGAUGACAUUUCAUGCUUUCAGAACGUGUUUUUGGGUGUCCUUUUUUCUGUAUAUGAAACAUUGCUCUCCAUAUUGUUUAAAAUAGUAGUGAAAAUAGUGUUUCAGACCACAGGUCCAUCAUACAUUGAUAUGUAAAUAGUUGAAAUAGUACAAAAAAAAAUGACUGAAAGAUAAUAUCUUCAUUGUAUCUACUUCAAACCAAAGUUGAGCUUGAACACAAAGUUUGGUUGUGUCUGUAUCAACAACAAAAAAAUUCAUAGAAGAAAAUGCCAUUUAUUUAACUGCCUUGAUUCCAAGUUUAGAAGCCAUAUAUUUGGUUUGUGUGGGUGUGGGUGUAUACAAUUCGGGUGUGUGUAUACAAUGUGCGUGUUUCGGUGUGCGUGUGAGGUGGUAUGCAUGUUUUUGGUUCCAUUCUGUUUCUCCAAGAGGGUGUAAUCAUAUCUUUACACUGCUUUGUCAGGCCUGGUUGGUUUGAUUUGUUGACAAUAGCAUAUAUCCCAGCUUUUCUGUCCAACUCAAUGUGUCUGGGAAGAUAUCUACUUGUCUCAUUUGCAGAAAUAUACUCGUUGUGACCCUGAAGGUGAAAAUGAUAGUAAAUUGUCUGAGCUUUAUCAAAAACAACCAUUGCAAACAAUCCAUACUGUAAACUUGCUUGUUUUCGUCCAGGUUGUAUCAAAUAAUACAUGCAAUAUACUUCUGCAAUACUCUUACCCCGCCUAUAUAUAUGAAUAUACAUAUGCUGUACAGGUAACUAAUGUCUUUAUUUUUACUGUGAAACCUUAAAGAAUCCAGCAGCUGCCGUGGC